ACAUUGCCGGUCGGAGGAAACCCAAGCAGAGGAGCAUGGUUUGGUGCACUGGAAAUCCAGUUCAGUAUUCGUUUCCCUCUUCGGAACUUUUGCAGGCUUCUGCCAUUUAUCGCCGGAUAAAGACGACCGAAGCAGGGUCGUGGUUUCUGAAUUUCCGAGGUCCUCUCUUGCAGAAACCUAAAGGGUUGUGUGUGUUCGGAGCCAAUGUAAUUAAAGUUACGAGUGUUCGUCAUGCCUAUUGUUCAAAUGAUCAAUUUCAGCAACGAGAACCGAAGUCCCUCCCUGUUGACAAGAGAUUGAACAAGAAAUCAGGAAAAAAGGAGCAUCACUUGUGGAUCAAAAGAGAAUCAGCCGGGUCAGGGCAAAAGGCUGUCAAUCUCGUACGAAUUGUGUCAGGACUUCCCAAUGAGAAAGAAGCUGUGUAUGGAGCAUUAGAUAAAUGGACAGCUUGGGAGGCAGAAUUCCCAUUGAUUGCAGCAAGUAAAGCUCUAGGAAUCUUACGGAAGAGGAACCAAUGGUUGCGCAUAAUUCAAGUUUCCAAGUGGAUGUUGGCCAGAGGUCAAGGACUGACAAUGGGAACAUAUGACACGCUGCUGUUGGCAUUUGAUAUGGAUGGAAGGAUAGAUGAGGCUGAGUCUCUAUGGAACAUGAUUUUGCAUAUUCAUACACGCUCUGUCUCAAAGCGGUUGUUUUCUCGGAUGAUCUCUUUGUAUGAUCAUCAUCACAUGAUGGAGAAGAUAAUAGAGGUCUUUGCUGACAUGGAAGAAGUGGGGGUGAAACCUGAUGAAGACACUGUAAGGAGAGUGGCACGUGCAUUCCAGAAGUUAGGUCAAGAAGACAAGAAGAGGUUGAUGGUCAAGAAAUACCAGUUAAAAUGGAAAUAUAUGCAUUUCAAUGGUGAAAGGGUUAGAGUAAGGACAGAUGUGUGGGAUGGAUAGUUCUGGUGAAACCAAUGAAAUAAAUGAAGUAUGGAUAUAUUGAUGGUGCUUGUAGCAGCGUUUGGCCUAUGGACUUGGACCCUCAUAUCCCAAUUCUGUAUUUGACAUUCCAAAGUGUGAAGACUGAAGGGAAGAAAAGAAAGUAUAUUAUAGCUGUCGGAGUCUGAGGUCUAAUCAACUAGAAGUUACUCUUGCGGAAAUGACAUGCCUUGAAUACUACCUGUGAAUCCCUUUGUGGAUUGAUGGUGGAAACUGUAUCCUUGUUUCCAUGUCCAGUGGUAGACAGUCUUUUCCAUCUGAUUUUUUCAUAAUGUAUGGUGUGAAAAUGUGUAUAAAAAACAGGAUUUGGUUAUACCCAAUGGCAGAUAGGAUCAUUGUAACAGAAAAUGCUUUUGUAUUUUAUGAAAUCUUGUAUUUCACUCUCGUAAUUCAUCAUAAAUUGUUUCUUGGAUAACAUAAUUGUUUAAAUAUGUA